AUGGAGUCUCACAAUGGAGAUGCUGAUGACUUGCCUCCACCACCUCCUUUGGCUGCUGGUGUUGAGCCACUUAAAGCUGAUGAAACAAAGGCGCCAUUGAAACUUAGGAGUCCGGUCCAGAGGAAUGGCUUUGGCAGAAAGGGGCAGCAGAUAAAACUGAUAACAAAUCACUUCAAAGUUUCUCUCAUGAAUGCUGCAGAUUAUUUCUAUCACUAUUACGUCAAUCUGAAGUAUGAAGAUGAUACACCGGUUGAUCGCAAAGGGUCGGGAAGAAAAGUGAUUGAAAAACUGCAGCAAACUUAUGCUGCUGAACUUGCAAAUAAAGAUUUUGCAUAUGAUGGUGAGAAGAGCCUGUUCACAAUUGGUGCUCUUCCUCAAGUUAAAAACGAGUUCACUGUCGUGGUGGAUGAUGUUUCAACUGGAAAGACUCCUGCAAAUGGCAGUCCAGGCAAUGACAGUCCUCCUGGAAGUGACAGGAAAAGGAUCAGAAGGCCUUAUAAUACAAAGACAUACAAGGUCGAACUCUCUUUUGCUGCAAAAAUUCCCAUGAGUGCAAUCUCACAGGCCUUGAGAGGUCAGGAAUCAGAGCACACUCAGGAAGCAAUUCGAGUGAUUGACAUUAUUCUGAGGCAGCACUCAGCUAAGCAGGGUUGCCUAUUAGUAAGGCAAUCAUUCUUCCACAACAAUCCUUCCAACUUUGUUGACCUGGGUGGUGGUGUAGUGGGCUGUAGAGGGUUUCAUUCUAGUUUUCGUGCAACCCAGAGUGGACUUUCACUCAAUAUCGAUGUGUCCACCACAAUGAUUGUGAAACCUGGUCCUGUCAUUGAUUUUCUGCUUGCCAAUCAGAAAGUUAGUGAUCCAAGCAUGAUUGAUUGGGCUAAGGCCAAGCGUGCACUGAAGAACUUACGGAUAAAAACAAGUCCAGCGAACCAAGAGCAGAAGAUUGUUGGUCUCAGCGACAGACCUUGCCGUGAGCAAUUAUUCACACUGAAACAUAAAAAUGGCAAUGGUGACUCUGAAGAGAUCACUGUUUUUGAUUACUUCAUAAAGAACCGUGGCAUAGAGCUGCAAUACUCUGGUGAUCUUCCUUGUAUCAAUGUGGGAAAACCAAAGCGGCCAACAUAUUUUCCAGUUGAGUUAUGCAGUCUUCUGCCUUUACAAAGAUACACUAAAGCUUUGAGCACACUACAGAGGUCGUCACUUGUUGAGAAAUCUAGGCAGAAACCACAAGAAAGGAUGUCUGUUUUGUCUGAUGUACUGCAAAGAAGCAACUAUGAUGCAGAGCCCAUGCUGAAGGCAUGCGGGAUUACAAUUUCUAGAAGUUUCACAGAAGUUGAUGGUAGGGUACUGCAGCCCCCCAAGCUUAAAGCUGGGAAUGGAGAAGACAUUUUUACACGCAAUGGUAGAUGGAACUUCAACAAUAAGAGGCUCAUUAGAGCUAGCAGUGUCGAGAAAUGGGCAGUGGUCAACUUUUCUGCACGAUGCAAUGUUAGGGAUCUUGUCCGUGAUCUCAUCAAGUGUGGAGGCAUGAAGGGGAUUAUGGUUGAAGCACCUUUCGAUGUAUUUGAUGAGAAUCCUUCAAUGAGACGGUCACCUGCUGUAAGAAGGGUUGAAGACAUGUUUGAACAAGUGAAAACUAAGCUUCCUGGAGCACCCAAGUUUCUUUUGUGUGUUCUAGCUGAAAGGAAGAAUUCUGAUAUUUAUGGGCCUUGGAAGAAGAAAUGCCUUGCUGAAUUUGGGAUCGUAACACAGUGCGUGGCACCAACUAGAGUCAAUGAUCAGUAUCUUACAAAUGUCCUACUAAAGAUAAAUGCAAAGUUGGGUGGCAUGAAUUCGUUGCUCCAAAUUGAGACAUCCCCAGCAAUUCCUCUCGUAUCCAAGGCCCCAACUAUAAUCUUGGGAAUGGAUGUAUCCCACGGCUCUCCUGGACAUUCUGAUGUACCGUCCAUUGCUGCUGUUGUUAGUUCUCGUGAAUGGCCUCUUAUCUCGAAAUACAGAGCUUCUGUCCGCACCCAAUCACCUAAAAUGGAAAUGAUUGACUCAUUGUUUAAGCCACGGGAAACUGAAGAUGAUGGUCUGAUCCGGGAGUGUCUGAUUGACUUCUACACCAGUUCUGGGAAGAGAAAGCCUGACCAAGUCAUCAUCUUCAGGGAUGGUGUUAGCGAAAGUCAGUUUAAUCAGGUGCUGAACAUUGAGUUGCUACAAAUCAUCGAGGCUUGCAAAUUUCUUGAUGAGAAAUGGAAUCCGAAGUUCACGUUGAUUAUUGCCCAGAAGAACCAUCACACUAAAUUUUUCAUUCCUGGAAAGCCAGAUAAUGUUCCACCUGGGACUGUUGUGGACAACAAAGUCUGCCAUCCAAGGAACUUUGACUUCUACAUGUGUUCACAUGCUGGAAUGAUCGGGACUACGAGGCCAACUCACUAUCACAUCCUGCAUGAUGAGAUAGGCUUCAACCCUGAUGACCUGCAGGAGCUGGUGCAUUCCCUUUCUUAUGUGUACCAAAGGAGCACAACAGCCAUAUCAGUUGUUGCUCCGGUCUACUACGCGCACCUCGCGGCUAAGCAGGUGCGGCAGUUCGUCAGGUUCGAUGACGCAUCAGAGACGGCGUCGUCGGCCAGUGGCGGCCAGGCGUCGUCAGCCAGUGGCGGCCAAGCGCCGCCUUUUCCGGAGCUGCCUCGGCUGCAUGAGAAUGUCGAGUCUUCCAUGUUCUUCUGCUGA